GCAGCCUACAACCGAGACUUGCGAAAAUUUCUGACUGCUGCUAUUUUUUUUUUCCAAAAUAAAUAAGUAAAUGGGCUUUAGAAAACCCCACCCAAAGAAGCCUAGUAAGUAAUGGUCCAGCAUCAUCAUCAUCAUCAUCAUCAGCAGCAGCAAGAGUGGCUUGACGAUUCUUACUUUGUUGACUUCGAUCCCAUCAAAGAGUGGCUUGUUGAUCCUGCUGAUUUCAGUCCUAUGUAUAAUUCCCUCGACAACAUCCUCAAAGAUCACAUCUUGGAGCCAUCUAUCGACGUCAAGAUGGAGAAAGUGAGCUUGGUAGAAGUUAAUAACGAUGGAGUUAGUGAGGAGAUUUGUCCAACUACUGAUCCAAUCAAGGUUGCAACUGAUUGUGAUUUGAAGGAAGAAAGCAGUGCGGGGGAGGAGGAGGAUGAUUCUUCGAGUGAUGGCUCUUCUUCUUCUUCUUCUUCUUCGAGUAGUGAUGAUGAAUCUUCGAGUAGUGAUGAGGAAGGUGAUGAGGGCAAGGGGGUAACAGCAGUUGAAGUUGAAGAGGGCGAGAUAAAGGUUGAUGAAGUGAUAUUAGGCAGCGAUGGGGAAGAGGAAGUUCCAAGAGGACCCAUCAAAUCAAAGCAUGAAAUUGAGGAUCUCCCUCCAGUUCCUCCGCUUGAAGUAUCUCUGGAACCACACCAUCAGACUUUGCCAGUUGGAGUUGUGUCGUCUAUAUUGAGCAGCAGAGUCAUUGUGGAGGGAUCGGAGAAGCACAACCCUCUCAAUGAGGGAUCCAUUCUCUGGAUUACUGAAACCAGGUUGCCGCUAGGAAGAAUCGAUGAAAUAUUUGGACCUGUGAAGAACCCCUUCUAUAUUGUCAGGUACAACUCUGAUGAUGAAGUUCCUCAAGGAAUCAGCACUGGUGUUGCCAUUUCUUUUGUUGUGGAUUUUGCCAACCAUAUUCUAAAUGAAAAGUGCCUCUAUGAGAAAGGGUAUGAUGCAUCAGGUAUCGAUGACGAGGAGGCCACUGACGAAGUGGAAUUCUCUGAUGAUGAAAAGGAAGCUGAGUACAAGAGAUCUCUCCGUCAAAGUAAGCGGGAUGCAAACUAUGGGAAACAGGAGACUGGGUUAGGCAAGAAAGCUAAUUAUAAGGGUUCCGGGUUUCAGAGGGGCCAGCAUCUCCAACCUCCUCAAUCACUGCCAGUAGCAAGAAUGAGCCAGCAACUGGCUGGCCAAGAAGGACAGGUUCAUGUAUCCCUUAAUAGUGAGGGAUACAACAAUUGCAAUUAUGAUCAUAGGGCUGCAGGUAACAUUCUUCAUACACCUCAGCAGUUGAAUACACAAGGAUUUCUACUUCAGCCCCAAUCUAUAGGGUUUCCUGCUCAAGCCCAGCCACCCAUCGGCGUCCAAGGAGGAUUUCCUCAGCCCCAUUCUGUACAGUUUCCUGCUCAAGCCCAGCCAUCCAUGGGCAUACAAGGAGGAUUUCCUCAGCCGCAGCUUAUAGCAAUACAAGGAGGACUUCCAAUGAAUUUGUUACCUUCUCAGCAGUUUGGAGAUCAAACUUAUAAUCUCCAAAACCAGAAUCAAGUUUUUAACAAUUUCGCUAGUGGAAUAAUGCCAUAUCAGCACUUGCAGCAGCAGCAGCUUGUUUCUAGAGCUGGAGUGCUCCCUGGUAACUUUCAGUGGUUUGAUGGAUUGUCAUCUUCGUCGACUCUUGCUGGGAUCAUUGGACAAUCUGGAUUUAGUCAUGUGCCAUUUGGUUAUGGUAAUCUGAACCCUUCUCAGGAGCAGAGCCAUGGGCUGCCUCCACCUGCUUUUAACCAACAAGCUGAUAUCAGGUGUGCUUCACUGCAGUUUAACCAGGGGAGGUCCUCCGCCUCCUCUAGGGGUAGGGGAAGGCGAGCUUAUCCAAGAGGUGGCCGACAGUCCUUUGCGCACCAAGGUGGCAACCAACAUAAUGGGUAGACAAAUAUGCCCAAAACAAAUCAUUUCUGUUUCCAAGUUUAUGCCAUCUGGGCUUUGGUGUUCAAAGUAAUCGAUCAUAUUUAUGUGGUGUUUAAAUUGACUAUUAGAUGUAUUAUCCAAUGACUUAUACUGUGUUGUUACUUUCCAUCUGUCUUGUAAUAGCAGCGAAAUUUUGGAACACUGUGCGGUGCACUGCAUGUCGAGAGAUGUUCUCUUUACAAGUAUAUUAUUUGAAAGAAGUUAUUGUCAUAUUGCAGGGAAAGUCCUGUCGCUUGCCAAAUUAAAAAUUUAGCUUGUAGCGGGUUCUAUAGUCAGCGACAGCUUAGUUGAAGUGUGGCCUUUUUACGAUUCAGGAAAUCAUAUUUAGUGUUGUGUUCUGAAAGUGCACAUUCAGUAAUUUUAAUUUCUGCUGGCAUCGUUUUUUGAAGUGGAUGUCCUUCGAGGACAAGAAGAAAGAUGCGCCGAAAAAGGUUAUUCCUGCAAUGACUGCUGGAAAGGAUGUUUCUUUCUUAAUUGAUGUGGUGAACUGCAUGCAAAAAGAGAACUUGGAGCUGAAGAAUCUUGUUUACCUGUAUCUUAUAAACUAUGCAAAGAGCCAUCCGGACCUAGCCAUUUUUACUGUCAAUUCUUUUGUGAAGGAGCUCCAAGUCUGAAGAGGUAGAUAUGCCUCGGAGAAUUGAAGCUCAGACUAGAGUUAAUGUUGAAGUAGAGCUUCUAUGGAGGACUUUUGCCGAGGAAUACAGUGUGAGUUGGCCAAAAGUAAAUCCUGAGAUUGUCACGAAUGUGGAGAUAUUACAAGGAGAUGGUGGCCUUGGCUCUCUCAUCUUGCUGCAAUUCAAACCUGGUGGACCGACGGUAGCAUAUCAGAAGACGAAGAUAGUGGAGUGUGACAAGGAGAAGCACCAGCUGGGUUUGCAAGUAUUGGAAGGUGGUCAUCUAAGCAACGGUUUUACCAAGUAUGAAACUUACUUCAAGCUAACACCUCUGGAUGAUUCCAAUACGUUGGUGGAUGUAGCUGUAGAAUGCGAGCCUUUGAUGUCACCAGAAGAAGAAAACCAAGAAGCAGGAGAAGAAGAGCUGAAGGCCAAGACGACAAAUUUCCCACUCCUCUUCUUUGAAAGAUUGGAGGCCUACCUAAACAAGCACGCAGCAGCGGGAUGAGCUGUGGACAAAUUUACGUCACACUUGUUUGUGUCUAUAUGCUGGGGCUGGGUGUAAUAUUGUAUUAUUGGAGCCAAUAAUGGUCUUCUUCUUCUAGUCCCUCUGGAGUUCAGUUCGUGUUUGAUUCUUGUUAACUUGGUAAAUGAAGAGCAUGCUGCGA